AUGAAAAGACUGAAGGAUCUACUUGUUUUGACCGGUGUGGGAGAUGACGCCCGUGAGUUGAUACCAGCCGAUCGCGUCUUCUCAGCGAACGCGGUUUACAUUGAUUUAUACAGUGUGAUGCGAGGCAUCUUGGACGACGCUGAGUGCACGGCCCCGGCGAUUUGUCGAAAUUUUAGCGCGAGGCUGUCGCGUUUUUUUGCAGGUGUUUUGAAAAUAACGUUCCCGCCGUUUUCUGUGAAGAAUAUCAUUUUCGUUCAUGGGGCGAGCGACUCGCUGGAGGACGCGCCUUUCAGCCUGGAGGUGUAUCGGCAGGCAAGGGACUUUGUGCGUGGAAACAAGGACCACUGCCGUCUUUACUUCUCCCCGGAGGCCGCACUGGAGGGGGCCGCUGCAUUGAUGUUGAGAAACGGGGAUGCGGUUCGAGCCGUGUUGUGCUCCAGUGACCCUCAUGCUCCUUUUUUGGGUUACGAUUGCGUUCGGAACCUGGAGAGUUGGUGUGAGGAAUCAGACUGCUGCCUGGAGGUCAUUGCGUCCGCGCGCCUUGCAGCGGCACUGCGUCUGAAGGAUUGUGCCUUGCUUCCCACCUUUACAGCCCUUCUGGAGGCGGCGUACGCUGCGGUCUGCCCGAUAGACGUGGACCAAGUAGUGUCCUGCCUCAACUCCUGGGACGGACUGCUUUGCCCGGAGCUUUUGGAAGAGAUCGGCCUCUCUACUGGGGACGCCGGCCGUGCUGACCUUGCCAAUGUCUCCGUAUUUUUGUGGGAGCUCCGUGGCGGGCUGGACGUCAUGCCUGUUGAGGUUGCCGUGAAGGACGACGUUGCCCCACUCCCUCUUCUUCUUCGCCAGCAGUUCCGAAGCGUGAUUCGCAUGGGGGACAGGCGCCUACAUGAGUGUUUCUCUGGGGUGCGAAAAUCACUUUUGUAUGCCCUGAUGCCGGGGAGGCUGCUGCUGGAGGUAUACGGCGACGGCAGCGUCCAGGUCGCGCAGCUUUCGGAGAACGACGACGAACUAUCAAACCUUUACUCUCGGCCUUUGGCAAGUGCGCCAGCCCAGAUCCUGCGAGUGGCGAGCUCAACUGGCGAGGAGGCUGCGAUAACUCCCGCGGAGUUGGACACUGUCCGGCGACUGUCGCCCGAGUUGCAACUUGGCGCCACCUCACUCCUCUUGCUUCGCCGUAUGUCUUACUUCUCCGAGGAGACGUGUCUGCGCUUCUGUCAUGCUUUGACGUUCACGCCAGCCGAGGGGGCGCCGGAGGCCGACAUGCGUGAGCCAUGUCGUGUUUUUCAGGUUUGCUUAACGUAUGUUACUUUGGUCAACGAGGCGCUGUGGCAUCCGCGGAGGCCGCCCUGCUUGUCUGUUGGCUCUCUGGUGGACCUCUCCGCCCUGGUUGCGCCCACCGCUUUUUCAUGUGAGUUGCCAGGGAACUCUGCUGAGGAGGCGCGAAGACGUGAGGAUUUUAGUGCGCUUCGGGAGCUGCUGCGCUGCUGA